CUCACAUGCACAUACUUGGUGCCAAUUUACUUACCAGUGUGUCUUUGAAGUAUGAGAGGAACCCCACACAUGCACAGGGAGAUCAUGCAAACUCCAGGCAGGGGCGGACUGACAACUCAUGGGGCCCCCGGGCAAUAGGGGAUCAUGGGGCCCCUGUGUCCUUGCCCAACUCAAAAAAAGCCUAUGAAAAAGGUACCAGGGGCAUCUCAUGGGGCCCACUACUGACCGGCAGUGCCCGAAUUUCCAUAUGGUCAGUUCGCCCCUGUAUUGUGCUA